UGCUGGUUGAAUUGGCUAAGCUCUGGAGACCGUUGGACAUCUGAGCUCGUGGCAGCGGAGAAUUCUUUCCCUCCUAUUCCUGCCCAUCUUUUAUUACUGCUGCCGUUACCGUCGUUUCUGUGUUGUUGUUGAUUGAUUGAUCGAUCCCCUCUCCCCGUUCAACUCUUCCCCAUAUCAACCAACUUAAUUCUUCGUCUGGUCUGAAAUCCGUGUCCCCCUCUUCUCAACAAACGCGCACACACCAAAAAAGAAAAAGAAAAAAAAGGAGCUGCGACAGCUUGCUGCCGACAUCGCGCGCGCAGAACCUCUUCAUUGGACGCGACUUCACAGCUGACCAAUCUCGACGACGACAACGACGACGACGCAGACGCCCACCGCCUGCCACGAGACUCGACUUGAUCUUGUCGACUCUUCCCCGGGACUCUCCACGGUCAACUCUUGCCAGUACUGCAACCCACCGUCCGUUGCGACGACCAACUGCCAUCAUGGGUGUCAUCUUCUACCUCCUGCACCCGAACCAGCUCCGUUCCAUCAUCCAAUGGAAGGUCUGGCACGAGCCUGUUCACCGCCGCGACCCCUCCAAGGAGGCCCCUACCCUGAGGGCAUGCUUCGAACACCUCAACAAGACGAGCCGCAGCUUCUCCGCCGUCAUUCAGGAGCUCAACCCCGAGCUGCUGGUCCCCGUCUGCCUGUUCUACCUCGUCCUGCGCGGCCUCGACACCAUCGAAGAUGACAUGACGCUCAGCAUCGAGGAGAAGGAGCCGCUGCUGCGCGAGUUCGACCAGUACAUGGUGAAGGAUGGCUGGACAUUCACCAAGAACGGCCCCAACGAGAAGGACCGCGAUCUGCUCGUGCACUUUGACGAUGUCAUCACCGAGCUGAAGAAGGUCAAGAAGCCCUACUUCGACGUCAUCAAGGACAUCACCAUCAAGAUGGGCAACGGCAUGGCCGACUACGCAAAGAACGCCGCCUUCAACGAGCAAGGCGUCGCCACCACCAAGGAGUAUGAGCUGUACUGCCACUACGUCGCCGGCCUCGUCGGCGACGGCCUCACCCGUCUCUUCGUUGAGGGCAACAUGGCCAACCCCAAGCUCCUCGAGCGCCCCGAGCUCACCGAGUCCAUGGGCCAGUUCCUGCAAAAGACAAACAUCAUCCGCGACGUCCACGAGGACUACCUCGACAAGCGCCGCUUCUGGCCCAAGGACAUCUGGAGCAAGCACGUCGACACCUGGGACGACCUCUUCAAGCCCGAGAACCAGCGCAAGGCCCUCGAGUGCAGCUCCGAAAUGGUCCUCAACGCCCUCAAGCACACCGAGGAGUGCCUUUUCUAUAUGGCCGCCAUCAAGGAUCAGAGCGUCUUCAACUUCGUCGCCAUCCCCCAGAGCAUGGCUAUUGCCACGCUAGAGCUCGUCUUCCGCAACCCCGCCAUCUUCAACAGCCACAUCAAGAUCACAAAGGGUGACGCCUGCCAGCUAAUGGCAGAGUCAACACAGAACCUCUUUGUUGUGUGCGAGGUUUUCAGAAGAUACAUCCGCAAGAUCCACAAGAAGAACGACCCGCGCGACCCCAACUUUGUGCAGAUCAGCGUGCAAUGCGCCAAAAUCGAACAAUUCAUCGAUACCCUGUUCCCGAAACAGGACCCCAAAAUGCUCGGAGAUUCGGCGAAACAGAAAGAGCGGGGCCAGCCCGGCAUGGACCCAGGCGAAGCCUUCAUAUUGGGCGGCAUGGUCCUGUUGACCCUCUUUUUGGUUUCUGGGCUUAUGAUCGGAACGGCCUGGUUCUUUGGUGCGCGCUUCGACUCACUGUGGAAAACGGACGGCGUUUACUGGCCCAGCACGGAACCCGGCUCGGCGCAGCCGAUUGCCCACAAGGAGCUCUAAUUCCGGACAAGACGAGAACAAAUGCUGUUCUUUUGGCUACGCUUCAUCUGACACGUUGACGGUACAUAUUGAUGAGGAGUUUUUUUUUCCCUUUCGUUUGCCCGCUGCCGGUCUGGCUACGACGUAUUGAGGCGCUCAUACUAAUCCUGCUAAUACACACCAUCAUGAUGAUGGGUUUUUUUUUCGCGAUGCCCACCAUGUCUUCUCCCGCCCCCCUUCUCUAUGAUACGGGAUGCGCUCCACGUGACACCGAUCGUACAACAAAC